AUGAGUUCCUCAGAACCGACCCCGCUCCCCGCCCAUCUUGACCCAAAAACCUACCCACGCACCCACCACGACACAACACAGAACAUCCACAUAACCCUAACCUACGAAACCCUGGACGCAAACACCUCUUUAUCCCAAACUUCCUCACCCGCAGCAGGUGCCAACAUCCUCUUCCUCGGCACAACGCGCGAUACUUUCGAAGGCCGCUCCGUCUCCCAGCUCAGCUACACGGCCUACCCGCCCUUGGCGCUGAAGACGCUAGCGGGGAUCGCCGAGGCCGCUGCCAAGACACAUAAGCUUGAGGGCGUGAGCAUUGCGCAUAGACUCGGGACUGUGCCGAUUGGAGAGGCUUCUAUUGCUAUUGCUGUUAGUGCGGGACAUCGGGGGGCUGCGUGGAGGGCUGGUGAGGAGGUGCUUGAGGCUUGCAAGGAGAAGGCGGAGAUUUGGAAGAGGGAGGAGUUUGUUGAUGGGGGAAUGGAGUGGAGGGUUAAUGCGGAUCGGGAUGCUGAGGGGAGGAUUUUGGGGUCUGAGGGGGUUUAG